AUGCCUCACUCUUACGGAAAGCGUGCGGGCACCCGCUAUGCCUUCAGCCGGGAUUUCCGCAAGAAGGGUAUGAUCCCUCUCAGCACCUACCUGAAGACCUACCGUGUCGGUGACAUUGUCGAUAUCAAGGUCAACGGUGCCGUCCAGAAGGGUAUGCCCUACAAGGUCUUCCACGGAAAGACUGGUGUCGUCUACAACGUCGCCAAGGCCGCCGUCGGCGUCAUCAUCUACAAGAAGGUCUGGGGCCGCUACAUCGAGAAGCGCAUUUCCGUCCGCAUCGAGCACGUCCAGCCUUCGGGCUCCCGUGACGACUUCCUCAAGCGUGUUAAGGAGAACGCUCAGAAGAAGAGGGAGGCCCGCGCCGCCGGCACCACCGUCGAGGUCAAGCGCCAGCCCGCCCAGCCCCGUGAGGCUCACACCGUCUCGCUCACCAGCAACCCCCCCGAGACCCUCACCCCUCUCCCUUACGAGACGACUAUUUAA